AUGGUCUCCGACCUCAUCUUGUUGUUCCCAUUACUCAUAGUUAUGGGCUUGAUGCAAGUUCAAACAUUUGUAGUCGCUAGUCAACAACCACAAGUUCCAUGUUACUUCAUAUUUGGAGACUCAUCAGUGGAUAUUAGUGGCAAUAACAAUAGACUCAAUACAACAAGUAAAGCCAAUUACCCGCCUUAUGGGAUUGAUUUCCCACAGGGUGUUACGGGUAGGUUCACCAAUGGUCGAACCUUUGCAGACAUCAUUGGUCAACUUCUAGGCUUCGAUAAGUUCAUUCCACCGUAUGCUACUACAACUGAUGAACAAAACAACAAAGGUGUAAACUAUGCCAGUGCUGCUGCAGGCAUUAGAGAGGAAACAGGGAGCCAACUGGGUGAACGGAUAAGUUUCGAUAGACAGUUACUUAAUCACAAUUCGACAAUUUCACACCUUUCGCACCUGCAACGAAACACCCAAUUCCUGAAAAAGUGCAUUUAUUUAGUAAAGAUCGGAAUCAACGAUUACAGCAACAACUACUUCGUGCCUGAUUAUUACAACACAAGCCGCAUAUAUACGACAGAUCAAUACGCAACAGUCCUUAUACAACAAUACUCUCAACAACUAAGGACUUUAUACAGAUUGGGAGGUAGGAAGAUAGCUGUUUUAGGUCUGUUAAAUAUAGGGUGUCGCCCAGCUGAAAUAGGAAGGUUUGGCACUGAUGGGAAACCAUGUGUUGAAUCAAUCAAUGACGCCGUUAAAUUAUUCAAUGAUAAGCUUAAGCCUCUUGUUGAUAAGCUCAACAAUGAAAAUUCAGAUGCACGAUUCACUUUCAUCAACAUUACAAGCAUUUCAUCAACACAAGAAGGUAUGCGAAAUGGUCCUUGUUGUGAAGUAGGUGAAGGAUGGGUAUGCAUUCCAAACGGAAGUCCUUGCCAAGAUCGGGCUUUAUUUACAUUCUAUGAUGGUUUUCAUCCUACUGAGGCUUCUAAUACCAUUACUGCAACAAGGGCAUAUACUGCACGCUCACCAAUGGAUGCUUCACCAUAUGAUAUAAGUCAUUUGGCUCGCUUGACUACUUAA